UCAUUGGAUUUAUAAGAGUUUGCUUCGAUGGAAACACGUCCUUUACUUUGGAGAGAUUUUCAAACAUCAAAACAAAGUGUUUUGGCAGCUUUAGAGGAUGGACUGGACUCAAAAAACUGCAUUGUAUCAUCGAUGUUGAAAUUCUGUUCAGAAUACAUGGAAACAUUCUCUCAUGCGAUGGACGAGUAAGGCCAUCCACACACAGGGAUGAGUGCCACUGUGCCACCUAGACGGGAGGCGGAAUCUUCCAGGAUGAAGCUCCUAUUUCACUGUGCAGGAGGCUCCAAUGGAAAUGCUUUCCCAAUUUCCUCGUCCUCAUCCUCCUGUGCAGACUUGUCAUCCCCUGAGUCACCACGUAGUCAAAGCUGCCUAACAAUCGGUCAGAUUGAAAGCCCAGAUGACUGUGAGAUCGUGGAGCUCACACUGACCACAGCUAUGAGAGAAAACAACCAAAUGACUGGUGAUAUGAUUUCAGAAUGGGUGAAACAAGAUGAGACCAUGACUGGGAAAAUACAAUUUGAUGAGUUUUCUGAGAGCCUAGAGAACUCUGUGUCCAUCUACCUGGAGGCAAAUCAAUACUGUACAGAAAGCUGGAACAGCUUUGACAGCAGCAAUCGAACUGACAUCCAUGAUUUUGCAAGCACAACAAAGAGCUCCACUCCAGGCGCAGAUGCUACAGAAAUUCCUGCUGCUGGUGAUGAGGAUGAUGAGGAGGCUUUGUUUCUGUCCAUCAGCUCUGAUGUUGUACUUGGGACUGGAAUGGACCUUAUGAAUCAACUGGCUCUCGGUAGCACUGAGGGUUGGUCGUCCGUUGACGAGGCAGUGUCUGACCUCAGAUCUGAAGAACCAACAGAGCUGUGCAUUUCAGAGGACCAACGUGAAAGAAUCCAAGCACCAUCAAACACAAUGUACCUGAAAUUCAACAACUUUGCAUACUUUGAAUUCAGCCAGCCAGUUAGAGCCUCAACUUCGCGGGGGAGGACCACAUCUCCCAAUGCUACCAAAAGCACUGUAUUUGAGCGAGAGAAAGUCAUCAGCCCGAAAAAAUGCACCACUCCUAUUGGGAUGAGAGCCAGGUCCAGGAAGGACAGAAUGAUGACGUCAGACCAGACAAAAACACACUUGAGUCAACCCAUUGGUGGAAAGAACUCGAAGGUCAAGAACAGCCGCACAACACCAGUGGACGCUUUUGCCCGACCAAAGCAAAGGAGUGACACAGUCAGUGGUAAAUUGGCAGUUGUGACAGGCCAGGAAUUCUGCUUAGAUCCAGCCACACAAACAGGGCUGACAGAAAAUCACGGGGCUAAUGAAGAAUUAAAACAUCCUGAAGGAGCUACUGUUGGGGAAUCCAGAGAGAACCCACAGAAAGUCUCAUCCAAACUGGGGCCUGGUUCAAGGAACUAUGGGAGAAGUCUCAAGGCGGAGAGAGAAUCAUCUCUGUUUCCAAGUGCAGGACAAGGUAGCGCUGGGCCCAAGCAGAACCGUCCAGAUGUGUGCACAUCUGUGAAGGAGGAAAAUGCAUCUACUCCUGCAAGGAAGCCCAGUGCAAGUCUGGGAGUUCCUAAAGCUUCACCAUCUUCUUUGGCUGUCCUUGAUCUCACCGCCGCCAAACCUUCAGCCAACCAACACACAGCAGCCUUACGAAGUGAUUCACAACUUCCUCACACCCUUUUAUCUAAACUUCCUGUCAAGGGGCUUGCCAGUGGAAGUGAGCUCACCAGUGUCACAGUCAAAGGUAGUGGUGGAGCACCAACAGGAUUAAAGAUCAAUGAACGUGGGAGUAAAAGCAGCCUCCCUGGGAGCAGUCAGAGUGGGAACACGCCUGCCUCGUCCUCCACCAGCACCAGUGUUCGCAGUGACACUGCAAAACCUCCUGCUAUGAGAAACAGAACACAGUCGCUGCAAGCCCGAACCAUGACUUCAGGAUUGAAGAGUCCUUCCGUCAAUAAUCACAAUGUGAUUAAGCAGUCAUCUGUUCAUCCUGCAAAGGUCUCUUCUUCUACAACACCCAAAAGCUUGCCACUGCAGAGAAGUGGUUCAGCACGACUCAGUCGACUGAACAACACAGUGGACAAAAACAAGUCCCGGGACAUUAAGGGAAGGUCAACAACAAGCAAUGCUCUGGUACCACCUGCUGCUGGAGGAAACCAUCACAGUCCUGUGUUAGAUCAGGUCGUAACAGAUGUGGCCACACCUGCUACCAAUUCUGACAACAGAGCUCGUUGUCUCAGGCAAAAGGCGAAAACCUCCUUGCGAACCAGUCCAGAAAGAGGAUUAUGCCUGCAGAAUAUAUCCAAUCUGGGCACACCUACUCUUACAGACCAGAACAUAAUGGCUAAACCGACCUGGAGCAAGGCCGAGGCGGAGAAAAAGAAUCAAGCUGUCAGCCAGCUGAAGCGGCUGCUGGUCCAGGGCAACAAGAGAGUGGAGGCCCUUGCUACAGUGAUACAGCAUCUUUUUACUGAGCAUGAGGAGGCGCUUAAGCAGAAGAAGGAGUUGUCUCUGCAGCUGAUCAACCUCCGGGAUGAGCUGGUGGCCUCGUCCCGGUGCUGUGAGCGGCUGCACAAGGAGAAGGAGGAGGUGCAGGUCAGUUUGGAGGAGACGCUGAGGAGACUGCAGGAGCAGCACAAGGAGGAGCUGGUGCAGUUGGAGAACAGGUUGAGGGACUUCUACCAGGCAGAAUGGGACAAGGUCCAUGAGACAUAUCAGGAGGAAGCUGACAAGUGUCGUGCAAUCAUGGAAAAACAGGUGGAUGUACUGAGGAGCCAGCAUAUAGCUGAGAUCCAGAGUCAGAUGGAGGCUCACAGCCAGAGGAUGGAGGGUCUGCAGCAGCAGCACAAGACAUCACUGCAGGAGCUGAAUGUGAUUCACCAGAAGGAGCUGGAGAACCUGCAGAAGUCUCUCAUGGAAACAGAAGCGUCACUUUCUGAGCAGCUUGCUGAGCUGUCAGCAGAGAAGAAGUCGUUGUUGGACAGGCUUCGGGAAGAGGAGGAGCAGAAGAGGAUACUUGCUGACAGGAAUCUGAAGGAUUCCCACACCAUGUACUUGGAGCAAGAGCUGGAGAGUCUGAAGGUCGUGCUGGAUAUGAAGAACAAUCAGCUGCACCAGAAGGAGAAGAGGCUGCAGGAGAUGGACAGACUGGUGGAGACUAAUGUCAAACUGGAGGAGUGUUUAAAGAAGGUGCAACAGGAGAAUGAGGACUACAAGGCCCGGAUGGACAAACAUGCUGCUUUGUCAAAGCAGCUGUCAAGUGAGCAAGCCAAACUUCAGCAGACACUGCAGAUGGAGUCAAAGGUCAACAAGCGUCUGUCCAUGGAGAAUGAAGAGCUACUUUGGAAACUGCACAAUGGCGACUUGUUAGCAAGUCCCCGUCGACUCUCUCCCACAUCACCUUUUGCCUCCCCACGGAACUCUGCCUCCUUCCACACCACAGCCCCUGUGUCCCCCAGAUAACCUCUGUCAGACUCCAGACAACCAGCCUUCAUCUCUUGCCCACUGACAAGGAGCGUAGUGAGAGCCUGGAGAUUAAGCUGAGAUCCUCUGCAUGGCAUUGUCCCAGGAUAAUCACAUUCCUCAGCUGGAUGGAGGAACACCUCAGGGUCUACGAAUAACAGUUCGUCCCUCAUCUGUGUUUGCGAUGAUGUACAGUCUUAGUGUCCACUUGAACAACUCCAAAGAGAGCAGGAGACUGAAUCACAGCUUACUUCACUGGUCUCAUCUGUGGAUUUCUUUUUGUCCCAAAGAGCGAAGCUCAAUCAGGUCAGUGAUGGAUGGAUUCUCACAUGGAGUGAAAUACUGACACUUUGAACCUUUGCUCCUGAGUUCACAAGGUGUGAGCCCCCUCUCUACUUGGUGGAAUGUAUCAUCCCUGGAUGUCAAUACACACGUGCACACACAUCGUGUUUUUGUGUUUUGUGUGGACCUCUCAUUGCCAUAACGUUCCCCCUAGUCUCUCAACCUAAACCUCCAAAACAAAUGGCAAACCUUAACCAGGACUCUGUACCAAACCUAUAUUCAAUUAGAACGUCUCCAUUAUUUUUUAAGUUUUAAUCCUCAAACUGAUUAAUCCUCAAACUGAGACUUGACAUCUGGCGAUGGGAAAAUGUCGCUAAAAAAUAGAUAAGGUCACCACAAGUCGGUGUGUGUCCAAGAAUCGGUCCCCACAAGUACAGCUAUACAAGGACUUCUCACACACACAUGCACAUGCACAUGCACGCACACUGUUGUUUGGCUUACAGAAGGCUAGACAUUCGGUACUAAUUCUUCUUUGUUUGAACCUUUAUGAGGACUAAUCCUUCAGAAAGCAAUAUGGCAAUGAGAAACCUCACAAUGUCCCCACAAAUAUAGGAAUACAAACAUGUGUGUCUGUGAGUGUGUGUAGGUCUGUUCAUGAGUAAAUGUCUUUUGUUUUGUUGUUUAUUUCUAUAUCUCUUUUUUCUGUUGCCAAGGUCAAUCUGAAUUACCAAUUUCAAAGUGCAGCUUUAGUCUCCCGAUGUGAAACACAGACAAGACCCUCUGUCACUGGCAGUCUUUGUUCAACAUAUUUGCCAGUGACAACAGUUUCUUACCCCAAAACACACACAUUGCGAUGUUGAAAAUUCAUGUGUGCUUGAUCCUGCUAAAUGUGCACGUCAUGACGUUCUUUGUUUAAUUUGGUCCCUGACAUUGCACAGACUGUUCAAGGACACAAUUCCAGUUUUUUUUAGAUCAGAUCAUUCAGACCUCAUCUCGAGAAUAAAGAUGU